GCGAGAUUUUCUUUUUUUGACAGACGGCACAGGCAGGGACCUGCGUGUGCUGUGUUUCUCGCUGCCGUGUGCUUUGUUUUGUUUCUUUCGGUGCGUUUCAUUUGGUUCGUCGUCGAUUAGGUUUAUUUUGUGCCCAACUCAGCGGCGAACUUGUUUCGAGGGCUGUUUACUUGUCUGCCAGCUGAGUAUUGUCGUAGGAGCUGGCGAUCUGCGUUGUAAACAACACUCUCGGCAAGCCAACCGCCGGCCGGCGACUCUCACAGCGGACGAUAUUGCCGGACGCUAAAAGCACGGAGGUCGUUCCCUCGUCGCCAGUAUUGUUUCGAUAAGAGCUGUAGUCCGAGCUGCGAAAGGCUUUGCGGUGCAAAUGUCGGCGAUCCCUCCGCAGCGGAUUCGGCUAUCGCCCAGCUCCGUGGCCGCCGCCGCGUCAAGCAAGCCGGUUCGCCCUACGCUGCCGCUGGCGUUGAUGCGACAGGGCAGCCCGACACAGAGGAACGCUGCCCGGAGGUCGUCUCCCUCGCCUCCAGUGUGCUGGGCGCAUGACAGUGUCCGAACGAAAAGCAGACAGUCGCCCGAUCAGAGGAUAUCGCCCGACAGUAAGGCUUCGUCGGCGGCACCCAAAGGUGUGUGCCUUUCUGCUGCCGAGUGCAAAGCCAAGCCACUGAGCCUACUUGGAGGGCUCAUGCGGCGCACAGCCUCCCUAGAUGCCAUCUACUUGUCAGCACAGUGGCCGCGAGAUCUGCACAGCUACUGUGGCCGGCCAAUGGUUGACAGGGCCACACAGACUCCCGAUGACUGGAAAGAAGUCGAGAGGAUGAAAUUUGUUCAGAAGAAACCUGCGUUGCCAUCAGGUGACUCUCUAGAAAUGAAGUACAUUCGUCAGCGGCUACAGAGGACAGCCCAAGGUGGGCGGACGUCGCCCCGCUGGAGCCCUGUACAAGGGGACCACCAGCUAGGGCUGGCAGCCUUGUCCCCACCACUGUCCCCCUCCGUGGCACCCCCGCCUCCUUCAGGCCCAAUCCCCAUCCAGGCCAGGCCAGGACGGACGCCUCCAGGAGCUCCCCGCAUGCGCAACAGUGUGGAGGGCACUGAACCAGGUUCUCUGCGUAAUGAAAUCGAGCGUCUGGUUUUGAAAGGCAUCUCUGGAUCAGGCACAGAAAAUGAAGCGGAACUGGAAAGGGUGAUGGGCCCUACACCAGAAGGUCACCGAGCACCCAUAGCGGAGCUCUUUCACUCCACCUGCAGUGUGGACACCCAGACGCCCAGUGGCAGUGAUGGCAGCAAUGGUUUUGUUGAUGGUCCUUCCCACCAUAGCUCUUCUCGUCCUGACAGCCUAGAAUGUGAUAAAAGUGCCUCCCCAGACUUGGAAGUAAGUGGUCACACAAGCAAGCUGGGAACCAGUCCACAAAUCAACAAGUUCCUCACUAGGGAGCCGCCUGAUGGUUGUGAGAAGGUCAAGAUCAUUGAUGAAGGAAGGAAGCCCGCGACCAGCCCUCUGAUGGGCGAUGGUACCGAAAGCGUGCUCAAGCCGAGCAGCCAAUUUGUGCUGCGGCCCAGUCAGAGCUCGGCCUUCUGCCCACUUGUGCGGAACCCCUUCCAGGGGGUGCACAGGCCGGGGCCCAUAGUUGACCCUUUCCUGCUCAACGAGAGGCUCCAGUGAAGCAGCAGGCAUCUCUUCUCCGACCAGCCCCAGCAAGGCGCCAUGGAGCCAUAGGAAUGCCUCCCACUCGUUGUCACCCAUGUGCCAUUGCUGCAGUGGCUCGCAAAGUUGGCACUCCUGGCUGCAGCCCUUCUCUUUGACUCCCACUGUGACACAAGCGAUAAUGCCACCAUCGUCUCUCGAUUUGCAGUUCGGCUCUUUUUCGUUCGCUCCCUCUUGGGAGGAGAAGGAGUCUGUUUUGUUGCCUCAACUAUAUCUUUUUAUUUGUUAGGCAAAGCGGCCAUUGUAUUGCCAGCAAGAGCACAAUUUUAUCCUGUGUGAUGAAGGUUUCAAACCAAGGCUCACUGGCAGCUGUUUUGGCACAGGGAAACUGUGUGUUUGUGAAACUGUUAUGUGUUAAUGUAAUUUGUGUGGCAAGAUGUAAGCGCAUAUGCCUGACAUAGUUUCUCCAUUUGCCUUCUUGUUCAUAUGGCAGCUAUGUGUACAUUAUUAUGCAUUUGUGUGGUCUUGGACUUUGUUCAAGCAACUUUGUUUCCAUGUCUUACAAUGCAGGAAUGAGUAACGCUUAGUGAAAGAAGAGUCCUUAACUGAAAGCCUGUCUAGCCUCUUGUGUUUCUUGUCGCGACUGCUGUGCUUAUUUGUUGUAGUAAGAUUAGCUGACAUGUUGGACUGGGCUUUAAUUGCAAUCCUUCCUUUUUUUUUUCUUCAUGUAUGCAGUUUAGUUGGCUAUCAAAAGUUGCGGAGCAACAGUUUCUUGAAAUUUAGUGUUCCUUGUUUUACUGAUGAUUAUUUCACUACAUUUCUAACAACAUAGUUCCAGCACUAAUGCUUUAACAAGCUUCAUAUCAGGCUUUUUUUUUCUAUUAUGCAUCCCUGAGAUUUCAGGCAUAUUUAAAGUUCAAUGCACUCACUUCUCCUUUUGUAAGGCUUUGAGUGGCAACCAGCAAAUGUUAUACAAAUCAUGUUGGUUUUGUGUACUUUCUCCACGUAGCUUUUUCUUCUUCCUUUUAUGAUUUAUUUCUCAUGUGUCAGAAUCAAGUGAUUGUCAGUGUAUCUCGUGGCUUCUUUUUUGUCUAAAAUUACCAGGAAGUCUACAUACAUGGGUGCCGGGCUGUUAUAAGAGCAUGGAUUCACAUUGUUGCUUGAUGUUCAUGGUGCUUUAAACUUGGAAAAAGAACAAAGCCACAUAUCUUAUUUUGCGCAUCUCGGUUAAGAACCACUUGCCAGGCCAGUAGUAUGCCAUCUGAACCGCUAGUUUCACUGCUUGCUUGAAGCAUAUGAUGACACAUCACUUGUCUCGUCACCUCCAUUAUCUAUCAGUAUGCGUUGGAGCUAAGUAAUGUGCACACUUCUUAAUUUUUAAAAGAUGGUUGUCUGUCCUGGAUGGAUAAUGCAUUUUUGUGGUGUAGUACAUGAAAGGCAGAGUUAUUGAGAAGACUGUUUUCUGUGUGACAAACUUUUUUUGAAUUCUAGAAAGGCAACAAAGAUCAUAUGAGCUUUCAACCUUUCAAUAUUUCAGGACAUCUUUAUCAUCUCCUCUGGUUCAAAAUGAAAGCACUGACAAAGGGGAUAAUGUUUACUAGUGCACAUGCAAAACUUAUGCGCUAUGGAAUUACUUAUCUUACCAUGGUAGGCACAAUUUCAUUGGCUGUAGUAUGAUAUUCCUCUAAAUACUUUUCCAAGAAAGAUAUGGAAUGUGCUUUGAAGCAUCUUGAAGAGGCUGCCACCUACUGUAGUAGAGCUUAUUUCAUUUCUGCCUUUUUGUGGGGAGUUCUUGAGGUUCUUAAUUUAUUACCUAUGAGUUAAGAAAGGAACAUUACUUGUUAUGUUUUGUUAUUUUUGAAGCAGUUAUUUCAAACAUAACUAAACAUGCAUUUAGUUGUUGUCUCGACUGUUGGGGUGCUUGGCACAAUUGUUAGUUGGAAGCUUUUUGGCCUCCUUUAAUUAUAUAGCAGCAAUCCAAACCUUAAAGUUUGUAAUCCUUAAAGGGGUAUAUAUAAAUACUGGCAAGAUAGACUUUAUUCAGUUAUCUUGCACUUUUCCUUAAACCUUAGAGCAACAUUAGAGAUAAAUAUAAUGUUAGUUUAGUUUAGUAGCUAAAUAUACCAACUUUUGUCUUUCUUUUUUUUUGAUAACAUGUCUGAGCUGUGCCACUGAGGAUACAGGCAUUGUGCUGAAGAUGUCAUAGUAGUAGUUAUGUGUUUUUGAGCCUCUUACAUGCAGGAAUAAUCUGCAAAAGUUGCUCACUCCAGUCUCUGCAUACUUCCAAAAUACAAUUCUUUUCCUGGUGAUCGAUAAUUGGAAAUUCCCUUCUCCUAAUGUGUGGGAUAGCGCGGAGUGCUGAUCAGCGGUGCUGCCACAUUGCUUAGCUUUCUCAUCUUUCUUGGUGUACCAGGCUGCAGCUCAUGGUAAGCACAAUGUAUAUUAAAUUCCAAAAGUGCAUUCUGUCACUCUAGCUUUAAGUUGAUGGGCGCCGCCUCUUGCAGCUUUAUGUUCGAUUACUAUUGCUAUUUCGUUGCUGCAGCAAUGUUUCAACCAUUUUGCAUUCUCUGCUCAAAUUGAUAGCCCGCUUGUUUUAAAGGUCCCCCACCAUACACUAUUACCAAUUUUCAUUGUACACUGGAAGUUGCGAGGCACCGUCAAGGGAGUGCUUUGGCAAAAGAAUAUCCAGUUGGUUUGCUAUUGGAGCAGUUAGAAGAAAUUGAGGUGUCCCGAUACCAAUGUCACUUCAUUGCUUUUUAAAAACUGCUCAGAACCUGAAUUGAGAUGAUCCUACUAAUGGAAAGAUUGUCCAUUGUAUUGGCUAAAAUGAGCUCUGUUUUUCUCAUUAGACAUGGAUUUGUACUUUUAUUUCUUCACUAAAAGUCGUGAAAAAUGAGUUUUGGGGCUCCACGCGGCAAAGAUGCAAAGGUGCAGUAGAGGUCGAUCACGUGACCUUCUACUGGUGUACGCACUUAAUGGUCUCUAUAUUAGUAUUGAAAUGCAGUAGACUUUUUUUUUAUUAUCUUUUCGAACUUAAAAUGAACAGAUAAGCUUUUGUUUGUAGUGAGCAGAACAGCAGCACUUCCUUCGCUUGACAUAUGAUCUUAUGCUAAUGAGCGGCAGUAUGAAACGUGUCAGCUAAAGGACUAGCGGCACCUGCCAACGAGUUGGAGAAGUAGCAGGAGCACCUGUCUUGCGAGGCAGUAAAGGGACUUCAUGUGGCAACGAGCAUUUGGAAAACUUGUUCAACCUGCUUUCUAUAUUCAAAAACUGUUGAAAAUAUCAAAAUGAAGGUUGUUAACCUCAGUUGCACUCACUCCUGUGAAACCAGAACGUUGAGCAUUAUGAACAGUUUGGAAGAGGGCUAUCAGCAUUGCUAUGGCUUCUUUGCAUUGCUGGAGGAGGGACUUUUUUAGAGGCUUCUCAGAUCGAAAAACUCUGCUUACAAUACAUCUACAUGCUUUUUGAAUCAAGCACUGCAAGUUUGACCACAGCUGAGGAGGAGCUUUCCACUGCACCGUAAAAAAAUUAGAUCCAGAACAAUCGGUCGUCCCUCCCUUUAAAGAAAGCCUAUGAAAAACCUGCAUGAAUAGGGAGGUCAGAAAAAAAAAAACUACUAGCAUUAUGGUGCUUGGUACAGUAGUACUGUCUUCUCUGUCUGAACGAACAGUGCCAUCACGAAAUGAGGCUACACUGCAGCAGAAUGACUGCCAAUGAAUUGCCCCUUGUUUCCGAGUAUUCGCUGACAAAAUGUACUUUAUUGUCUUCAAAAAGUAGAUAGACGUUUACCUACAUAAAUUCUAUAGUUGAGAAUUUAUAGCUGCAACAUAUUGCGUAUGGAUUGAAAUGACUGUGCCAUUUUUUUUGCUUGUUUCGCAGAAAAGUAGCACUUUCGUUUGACGCUCAUGGUGCAGUUGAUCUGCACUGAUAAAUCUAACAAUACUAUGAAGUAAAUGCAUUAUUCAGGAUUAGGGCUUGUGGCUGUCUUGAAGGUCUAUGUGAUAGUUCAUUAUUUUACUUAUUCACUUAAUAGUUCUCAGUUGUUUAACAUUUUAGAGGAAAUUGGAUCUUUGAAGGGGUCCUGAACCACUUUUGCAAGUAAACGAUGAUUGGCCUCAGUGUCAGAGUUUAUUGCCUCACGAAUCGAUUGCUGCAAACAUUUUUUUAAACAUCAAGUACGAGUGGAGUUGCAGGGAUUUGUCGCACGCAUUGAGCGCAUUCUCUCUACUCUAGUCCCGACAAGUUACACAGGCAGGAAAGAAGGUGGAACACAGUGGGAAAGAAGCUAGGUUACGCGCCUCAUGAAACGCAGUCGCUCUUUCCAGGUGUGAUUCCAAAGUGCACUAGUGUUGCAACCAUGUAAUUUUAGCAGACUAUAGAGUGCUGCGAAUGGCACGUUCUGGCACCGCGUGGCAAGAAGCGUUGCUGAUCCAAACGCCACUUUUGGCCAUGCCAGCUAUUGAUGAAUAGCAGCAAUAUGUUGUGUGAUGAAAGAUCUGCUGUAUGACAGCCCUACGAAGAGCGUGGGUAUGGGCCUCUGUAUGAAGAGAGGGCGCCUGAGAAAGUAGCAACUUCGUGUUCCUUUUGUGGACUCUCUUUGCCACGCAUGAUUUCAAGAAUUGGCUCAGCUUUUCAGAGCAGCGUCUGCUUUCCCCUGCAUGUGUUUUUUCACCAAGCACGAGGGGUGGUUCAGGAAUACUUUAAGAGACUUUCGCUCAUUAACAUGUACGUGCUGGUUGUAAAACUGUCUCACGCUGCAAAAAAUAUCUGCACAUUUUACUGAGUGAAACAGCAACAAGGAAUCAAAUACUACUAUUGUCUGACUCAAAUUUUGCUUUCAUUUUUUAGAUGCUCACAGAUCAUAAACUUGAGGCAUAAGUCGCUCUUCUGCAUUUAUUGUCUUGUUACUGAAGUAUAAGAAAAAGGCAAUGUUAAAAACGUAGCUCUAUGACACUUCACUGCAAUUUUCAAAGUCUGUUGCCUCGUGUGAGCUGGUUGGUGCUGAGCCCUCUAUUUGUUGCUAACACACAAUGCCUUCUUUUUCCUAAAAAAUCUGUGGUAAACGGAGUGAUUGAACACAUUCGAGAUGUUAGUUGAGCCUACAUUUUUAACAUAAAUGAUUAAGUUACUCGUUUGGGCAAGUUGAUGUCUGGGCAUUCCAUAACGGCAGGUUCUUUGCUCAAGUGAAGGGACUCGCACAAGUGCAGUGCUUGUUUUGUGCAACCUAUUAUGCUUGUGUCUCCUUCAUUACUUGUUACUGUCCUCUAGUUUAUUUGCAAGAACUGCCAUUAUGGAACAUUCUUUGUCCUUGAGUCAAACCAGGUCUUUCUGUAAAUGAAGAACAUUGGGCUUGACUAUUGGGAUCAGUGGAUAUCAUUUGUGAAUGUCAUUUGUAUAACUUUGUUAGCCUCAUUAGAACAUCAUUGCCUCUUUAGCUUGGACCUAAGAACACAAGCUUGAUUCUUUAGUUUAUGCUUGCAAUUUCUUAUUGAGCAACUCGUAGGUUUUGCAGUGAGGGUAUAAGGAGAGCAUAUAAUUCAAGUUUGAAAUUCUAUUUACUUGGCAUGGUUGUUCUGCAUGUUAAUGUUUCUUUGUGAAGAUGUUUAAUCAGGUGGUGAAACCUUUUGUCUAUGUGGCUCUUAAAUUGUGCAAAAAAUGUUUACGCAUUUAAAACUUUAGAAAUGGGUGCCAUUUACGUGUUUCUAGUCUCCCCUUUUAUUUCCACUGUUUUCCACAGUCGAAGUCUGUAAAGCAUUCAUUGAACCUUUAUAAAAACUCAGUUGCAUAAAAACAUUAGUAUUUUGUAAGGCUCUUUUUGCUUUUGUAUUGUAUUUGCUAAAAUGUGUGCAUAUUGCGAAAAUUGUGCAUAAUCAUUUGAUAAACCAUUUCCUUGCUACAACCAUUUAUCUCGAUGAACGUGCUUCUGUAAUAUUACUUUUUGCUUGUUUUCUUUCUAUGUGCAUAUCCAAAGAAUCUUAGUGUUUAAUUUUGUUUGACAACUAGUUGUUGCACACCAUAAAGCAAAAAGCAAAUAUAUAUAUAUAAAUAUAUAUCUUAGUCAACUUUCUAUAGCUGUUCAAUCCACUACUUUUGCUUUUCUUUUUUCUAAUUUCUCAUUUGCUAAUGCUAGUUUUUGCACUUACUUGUUUCAAAAGCUUGUAGCACACAGUGAAGUAUUCUUCAGUGGAAUCCUACAUUACUUACAUAAUUUAGUGCAGUGCAGGGUAGCACAUUACGUUCAACUGUCUUGUGGGCUUUCAUUAAGAAAACCUUGUACUAUGAAUAUUUACAUAUUCUACUGCAGUGUUUUUCAGAGACUUGCUUGUUUAGUCUGACCUGAUAAAAACGAGACAUACAAUCAAACACCUAAAGAACAACCUCUUCUUUUAUUUUCGUUUUCAGUAUCUGGACCAGUUUCUCUAAACAGGCACAUGCUAGAUAUUCAGGAACCUGGCAAGGCUGCCAUCUCUUGAAUUAUGCACCUAUAUUAGGCACCAUAUGUAAGCUACUGUAUGUUAUACAUGUUUCAUUGCUUCACACCCAAGUUUUGUGUUAAAACCUUUGCAUACGCUGAUGAUGCAGUGUUUCCGAGCUGUUCCUUUGUGCCUUUCAUUGCUUUGGCUGUCAGUUAUCGAUGCAGGGUACACAGGUGCUUGCUGUUUUUGGCAACCUCUGUAGUAGUCUGUCCUUGUGUAAAGUGCCAUUUAUCAAGUUGGCAACCAUGUGAAUCCAAUGUCUGCACAUGUGCAUUCUUGGUUAGCACAUAGCAAAGGGCCCAGUUUCACAAAAGUGCUGUGAAACAAUAGCACUUCCUAUUUGAAAGUGAAGUACCAAGGCAAGUGCCACUGGUGACAGUGAAGGACAUCGUAACUAUGGCAAUUUGUUUUUACACAAGAUUUGGGCUGAAUAUGUUUUUAAUAUUGUAUCUAGCACAUAAACCUGCUUUCCUUUUCUUCUUGUGUCACAUGAUGGGCAUUAGUAUGACUGAACUGACAUUCCAGCCUGCUUUGUGUUCUGGUUGCAUAAUUUUUGCAUGCAUGGUCUGUCACUAAUAAUAGAGAAAGGAGUCGUCUGCAGAAAUACAGGAAAAAAAGUGUCGAGCAGUCAUGAACGAUAACUUCUUUUUCUUCAAAAGGACAGCAGUAAUGAUGUACCACUUGGUAAUUAAAACUGACAGUGGAUUCAUUAUAUUGCCAAUAUGGCAUUAAAUCUUGAGUAUUCUUUUUUUCAAGCACCAGUUAUGCUUACUCCAGUGAAUGACUGCGUAUGCUGAAGUGACACAUGAGCUUUUUUAUGACAAGCAAAUUGUGUGGUCAGAUAUUGUACAGAAGUAAAUGUCUGCACUUACCAUGCAGAAUGAAUUCUGCAAGAGCUGUCACGUGGCUUCGGUCUUGCCUGUUCGAUUGUUGAAACACAGGAGGGUUGCAUUGUAUGCUAUUGAUGACCAGCUUUUGCACCGAUCCUGUGACCAAUUCUCACAGGAUUGGAACUAAAGACAUGACAUUUGAUGUGCCUAUAUGCAGUGGUAUCCUAUAUUCUUAGAAUGUGCUUGCUGAUGAGCUUAUUGCUGUAUUUUCGUUUUCUGGAUUUCCAGCAUAUUGAAAAACACAAAAACUAGACAAUAACAAAAAUAGCAUUCGAAUGGCCAUCAGAGCUGAGAAAUUCCCCCAAACCUAAAUAGUGGCAUGGCUUGCUUGCAUGCUUCAGGCUGAUUAUGACCUGUAGAUUUUUUGGUGUUAGUCCAGCCUACUGUCACCUUGCCCUAGUGGCUUGAUGGCCGUGUUGACCUGCUGAGGCUAUGGGUUUAAUUCUUAAGAGUAGAUGCUGCAUUCCAUUUGGUACAGAAUGCAGAAACGCCUUUGUGCUGAUAGUUUUGUGUAUAGGAUGCAGUUUGGAAUCAACCUGGUGUCCUCAAAUACAGCAUGUUCCAUUUAUAGCUUCGCGGUGUGAAAAUUAAAUGUGACAUUUUUCGUCGAAUGUAGCUAAAAAUCUGCUCCUCCUCCUGCUGCUGCUGCUGCUGCCUUUUUGGUAUGUGCAGACUUUAUGUGGAGUCAUUAGUACUUUGAGUCACUGUGUGCGUGUGUGUGUAUGUUUGUGCACUGAAGUUUUCCAGUGUUGGAAACAGAAAGACGUGUCUCGUAGCUGUGUUAGACUCUUAGCAUGCUGCAAAUCGCAUACGAUACCAGUAUCGCUGUGGGAAUGUAGUCUUGUGAAAAAGGAGUUUUUCUGGGUGAAAGUUGUAAAAAGAAAGAAAUUGACAAAAAACUUGUACCUGAAGAAAAGAAAGGCAGAAGAAGGUGGUCUUCUCCUUUUCUUUCAUGUAAAUAUUGAACGUUAUAUACAUAUUAUAUAUAUUGUAUACAUGCUCUGUAUGCUACAACAUCUGUGAGGUAUCUUUUUAUAUUCUUUCUGUCUGUUUAAUGGAACCGUCAACUCUCUUGACGGGAGUUGAUUUUUCUGUUUGUGUACUUUUAUAUAUUCUUAGUCGUUUAUGUUCUUAUUUGUUGCAAUAGUCCACAACCAGCGGCACCUUGUUCCUGUGUUUAUACUUGUAACAAGAUGCGUGUCUGAAUGAGCUUAGUUUGAUUAUGUAAAGGU